GGGGAGCUCUGCAAAGGGGCAACGGCGGGGCAGAUGGCGUUUCUGAUGGCCGGAUUUGGGCUGAUGGUGGUCGGAGCUGGGGGAAUCCGGCCGUGUAAUUUGGCGUUUGGGGCGGACCAAUUCAAUCCCAUACGGAGGCUGGGAAGAAAGGGAUCAAUAGUUUCUUCAAUUGGUAUGUUUUCACCUACACGUUUGCGAUGAUGGUGUCAUUGACAGUGAUUGUGUAUGUCCAAACGAGUGUGAGCUGGGCUCUGGGGUUGGGAAUUCCUGCGCUUCUUAUGCUCAUUGCUUGUCUGCUCUUCUUCGUGGGCUCUAAAAUUUACGUGAAAGUGAAAGCCACUGGCAGCCCAAUGACCAGCGUCGCCCAAGUUUUUGUUGUUGCAAUCAAGAAACGCAAACUCAAGCAACCAGACCAACCAUGGGUUUCCCUCUUUAACUACAUUCCUCCUGGCUCCAUUAACUCCAAACUUUCCUAUUCAGAUCAGUUCAGAUUUCUGAACAAAGCAGCAAUCAUAACAGCAGAGGACAGAAUUAAGGAGGAUGGAUCAGCAGCAGAGCCAUGGAAACUCUGCAGCGUGCAGCAAGUGGAAGAAGUAAAAUGUGUAGUGAGAGUGAUACCAAUAUGGGUAACAGGAGUUCUAUACUUCACGGCUCAAUCCCAACAACAAACAUACGCAGUAUUUCAAGCCCUUCAAUCAAACAGACGCCUGGGGAGCUUCACAAUCCCGGCCGCCUCCUACACCGUCUUCUCAAUGCUAAGCCUCAGCAUCUGGCUGCCCAUCUACGACCGAUUCCUGGUCCCUCUCCUCCACAAACUGACCGCAAAAGAAAGCGGCAUCACCAUUCUGCAGAGGCAGGGGAUCGGCAUUUUCCUCGCGGCGCUCACAGCGCUCGUGUCGGCGCUGGUCGAGGCGCGCCGCAGAGUGGUGGCGCUCACGAGGCCGACCCUAGGCUUCGAGCCGCGGAAGGGCGCGAUUUCGGCCUUGUCCGCGUCGUGGCUGAUUCCUCAGCUGACGCUGGCCGGGCUGGCUGAUGGGUUCGGGGCGGUGAGCCAAUUGGAAUUCUAUUACAAGCAAUUUCCGGAGAACAUGAGGAGCAUUGGAGGGUCGAUGUUCUUCUGCGCCAUUGCCGGAGGCAGCUAUUUGAGUGGGCUUUUGAUUACGGUGGUUCAUCGGAUGAGCACCAGAUCUGGGUCUGGAGAUUGGCUGCCGGAGGAUCUCAACAAGGGCAGAUUGGACUACUUCUAUUACUUCAUUACCGGGAUUGAGUUCGUCAAUUUGGGUUACUUUUUGGUUUGUGCUAAUUGGUACAAGUAUAAAGGGGCACCUCAAAAUCCCUCUGAAAUUCACUUGAUUUCAAAACAACAAGAGAAAAUGAGUGUUUAGAUACUGGAAAAUUUGUUGCUACAAUAAGUCCCAAGAGAAGCAUCCUUAAUACUUAUUAUAGUGUAGAUUUUGAAUUUGGGAUUUCAUGGAAAUUUUAAAAUCUACCUUCUUUUUUUUUCUUUUGGCUUCAAGUUCUUGUAAAGAACAAAAUUUGAAUGUAUUGGAGGCAUGAGAGUGGAAGGCCAAUUGUUCCAAAACGAGGUUCUGUGAAGGGCCUUCCUUAUAUGAAUUUGGUUCACACAAAAAUAACAGCAAUAGAAAUAUUACAAA